ACCGAAGAAAGAAAGAAAGGGUGGUAUAUACAUAUAUAUAUAUAUAUAUAUGCAUAAAUUAAUUUAAGAUACUUGUUGUGAUUAAGUGGUUAAUUUUAAUUAAGUUAAGUUGAGGAGCUACAAGUCAUGGGUCAUCACUCAUGUUGCAACCAGCAAAAGGUGAAGAGAGGGCUUUGGUCUCCAGAAGAAGAUGAGAAGCUCAUUAGAUAUAUCACAACUCAUGGCUAUGGAUGUUGGAGUGAAGUCCCUGAAAAAGCAGGGCUUCAAAGAUGCGGAAAAAGUUGUCGAUUGCGAUGGAUAAAUUAUCUUCGACCUGAUAUCCGAAGAGGAAGGUUCUCUCCUGAAGAAGAGAAAUUGAUCAUAAGCCUUCAUGGAGUUGUAGGAAACAGGUGGGCUCAUAUUGCGAGCCAUUUACCUGGAAGAACAGAUAACGAGAUAAAAAAUUACUGGAACUCAUGGAUCAAGAAAAAGAUACGUAAACCGCAUCACCACUACAAUCGUCACCAACCAUCAAUAGCUACUGUGACAUUGAACACGGACGCUACAUCAACUUUUACUCUGGUCCCCUCUACCACCACGACAACAUCGACUAUAGAAAACCUACAUUUUGACGGUUAUAUGGAUUCUCCUAACCAACUAAGUUUCAACAAUGAGCAAGAAACUAAUACAAAGAUUCAAGAAACCCUUUUCUCCCAUAAACCUCCUCUCUGUAUGGUAGACACAACACUCCCUGUCCUUGAAGGUAUGUUCUCCCAAAACAUCAUCACAAACAAUAGCAACAAGAACAAUGAUCACGAAAAACAAAGAGAAGGAAGAGGAAACGUUAGCGAACAAGCAUUCCUAACAACUAACACGGAAGAAUGGGAUAUGAAUGUUCCUACAAUGGUGUCACAUUGGUUCAACAUCUCUACCAAUUCAAAUAUGGAGACGGUUAUAAGUUACAAUCUACCGGCAUUAGUAGAGGAAAAUGUUGAUAACAUCGUCCCAAUUGACAAUAGCAAUGCUCAAGAUGGAGAUAUGGCGUCGACAUUCGAAUGUCUUAGAAAACAAGAACUAAGCUAUGAUCAAUGGAUGGAUUCACAACAAUGCUCUAAUUUUUUCUUCUGGGACAACCUUAACAUAAACGUGGAAGGCUCAUCUCUUGUUGGAAACCAAGAUCCAUCAAUGACCUUGGGAUCAUCUGCCUUAUCUUCUUCUUCUUCUUUUCCUUCUUCAUUUUAAAUUAAUAAUGUUUAAAACGCAGGAGAGAAACUCACGCUAAGUUGUCUAUAAGUUUGUUUUUGGAUUUUUUUUUUUUUUUUACUUUGAUAUGAUGUUGUAUACUGAAUGUUUUAAAUUGUUGAUGAGGAGAUGGUGUGACUUACUGUAUGUAUGUGUUAUUUGUUAACUCAU